CGGCGGCCAUUUUGUUUCGUCAGACGCCGCGGCAAGAGAGAGGAAUUUUCUUUAUAGAAUCCAAAGUGUCCUUUUUUUUACCUUUUGCCAAUCGGUUGGAGCAGUGCACUUAUUAUAUUUUUUCCUUCACGUGGCCUCCCACAUUACUAAGCCGCUUUUUUGGUUGGUGGUGGGGCAUUUUUAAAAGAAAUUGAGAAAAUAGUUUUAAUUUAAAUAAACGGGAAUGAGUUCGCUGGACGUGCGGAAACUAAAAGUGAACGAGCUCAAGGAGGAGCUGCACAGACGCGGCCUUGACACAAAGGGCCUCAAGGCGGAUCUGCAGGAGCGGCUGCAGGCAGCUCUGGACCGUGCCGCUGACGAAGAACAAGAAGCAGCCAAAGCCGCCGCCACUGCCGAACGGCAGCGACAGGAGGAGGCGGAGAGAGCGCGGGCAGGUGAUGUGCCCAGUGUUCGAGAAACCAGUUACGGUGGAGAUCAGAACUCCCUCAAUCAGUAUGAAAACCAAGGUGGUGAUGUUAGAAGGCAUGAGCAAGGAACUACUGAGAGAACCUUUGAGAAGCCACCUGUCGAGCAAGCAACAGCACCGUUGAGUAACACAGAAUUGCAGCCCGUUCAAGUAAAGGAGGAGCAUGCAGAUCAAAGAGACAUCAAACAGGAGACGCAGAUGAACAGAAAGAGACCAUAUUCUGAUCAAGGACAUGGAUAUUAUGAAUAUAGAGAGGACAGGAGUUAUAGCCGAGCAAAAUCUCCCCAGCCACCUGCAGAAGAUGAUGAGGAAGACUUUGAUGAAUCAUGUGUGACUAUUGAUACCUAUAACUGUGAUCUGCACUUUAAAGUGGCUAGAGACCGCUUGAGUGGCUACCCCUUGACUAUUGAAGGAUUUGCAUAUCUGUGGUCAGGAGCACGAGCAACAUAUGGGGUCAACAAGGGGAAAGUUUGUUUUGAAGUUAAGAUUAAUGAAGAGAUUUCAGUUAAGCAUCUUCCACCAACUGAGCCUGAUCCUCACGUGGUCCGUGUUGGUUGGUCACUUGACUCAUGCAGUACUCAACUAGGUGAGGAAGAAUUCUCGUUUGGGUAUGGAGGGACUGCAAAGAAGUCAACAAACUGCAAAUUUCAGGACUAUGGAGAGCGAUUUUCUGAAAAUGAUGUGUUGGGAUGUCUAAUUAAUUUUGAAGCUGGGGAAGAUGUCGAGAUGUCCUUUACAAAGAAUGGAAGGUGGCUUGGUGUGGCAUUCAGGGUCAAGAAAAUGGCGCUUGGUGGGCGACCCUUGUUUCCACAUGUGCUGUCAAAGAACUGUGCCAUUGAGUUCAACUUUGGACAGAAGGAACCAUGGUACAGACUUCCUGAUGGCUUCACAUACAUUCAACAUGUACCUGUGGAUGAGCGUUUACCAGGUACAUCAGGACCCAAGACCAAGUCAGAGUGUGAGAUCCUGAUGAUGGUUGGCCUUCCUGCAGCUGGGAAGACAACAUGGGCUAUUACGCAUGCAGCUCGCCACCCUUGGAAGAAAUACAACAUCCUUGGAACAAAUGCCAUCAUGGACAAGAUGAAGGUGAUGGGUCUUCGCCGUCAGCGCAAUUAUGCAGGCCGUUGGGAUGUCCUAAUCCAGCAGGCUACUCAGUGCUUGAAUCGCCUCAUCCAGAUUGCUGCUCGCAAGAAACGUAACUACAUACUUGACCAGACAAAUGUUUAUGGAUCAGCACAGAGACGAAAAAUGCGUCCUUUUGAAGGGUUUCAACGCAAGGCUAUUGUAAUUUGUCCCACGGACGCCGAUUUAAAACAACGGACAAUAAAGCGCACUGAUGAGGAAGGAAAGGAUGUUCCUGAUCAUGCAGUUUUAGAAAUGAAAGCGAACUUCACCCUGCCCGAAGCUGAUGAGUUCCUGGAUGACGUCACCUACGUAGAGCUGCAGAAGGAGGAGUCGCUGAAGCUGGUUAGUGAGUACAACGAAGAAGGGAAAAGGGCCGGCCCUCCCCCGGACAAGCGGUUUGACAACCGAUCUGGUGGCUUCCGUGGACGUGGAAACUUCAACCGAUUUGAUAAUCGUGGUGGGCAGGCGACACGUGGGUUCACCCGUGGUGGAUUCCGACCAGGCUACAGUCGCGGAAGUAACACACAGAACCGUUGGACCAACAGCAGCACCAACAACCGUGGUACCUACAAUCGUACCCAGAACUACAACUCAACCCGCACACCCAUCUACAACAAAACCAGCUACAAUCAGAGUCAGCCAGCACCGGCACCAGCACCGGCACCAGCACCUGUUCCUGUUCCUGUUCCUGUUCCUGCACCUGCACCUGCACCUGCGCCUGCGCCAGCAGCACCGACGACAGCACCGACAACGUACGCUCAGAGUUACAGUCAGGGCUACAAUCAAGCCUACACUCCUAAUUACAGUUACGGAAACUACAGCAGCUACGGGAGCUAUAACCAAGGCUACACUCAGCCCCAGACAGCAACGCAACCUUACACCCAACAGUACCCCAACCAGUACCAGCAGUAUGCUCAGCAGUGGAGCCAAUAUUACCAGAACCAGAGUCAGUGGAACCACUACUACGGGAACUACAGCUAUGGGAAUUACUCAGGAGGCUCUCAGGGCUCUGGGACACAGUAAAACCCAAAUUCUAAAGCUAUCGUCACAAAACCAUUUUUUAAAAAAAAACACAAUUAUUCUACUAGCAGUCUGUUGUAUUUAAAAUUUAAAAGCUGCAUCAGGGUGUGAAACACACCAGUUUUCAGUCAUUUUAUUGUGUCGAUAUAGUAGUAGUGAUUGUAAAAUUGAAAAAGUUGCAAAGAAGAAGGAAUAAACAGUUUUAAGAUUCUGGGAUGUUUCGUGUAAUGACGCCUUUUUAGAUUUUUAUGUAACUUUUUACUGUUAAUAAGCUGUCGAUAUUUUGUCGGUAAUUAAUGACAAAAUUUCUUCAAAACAAUUAGAAUCUUGAAUAUGUUAACUUUUUUUAUACAAUGUAUAACUAUUCAUGUGACUUUGCUUGUGCAUUUCUGUUGAGUCUGGUUGAAACGGCUCUUUGUAUCUAGGGACGAUUUACAAUUGAAUGACACACACACAGCUUUUUGGUGUUACUGCUCUCAAUAACGUUGUGUGAAAACUUGUGUUUGUGUGAAAUAUAAUUAAGGGCGCAAGGAAUAUUUUUGAUCUCAAUGUUGGGUUUUAAUAUUGUACCUAUCUUGGUGACAAGGAAUGCUCAGAACUAUGUCUGGACACACUUCAGGUCUGGCAACUGUCCUAAUUGUAAAAAGCAGGGAUUCAAAUGAAGAACUAAACACUCCAUAUUGUGGACAAACCAAACCAAAUCAUUUACAAUAUCAUUCAGGCAGUUUAUUUCACUGCCGCUUUAGCUGAUGAACUGAAAAAAAUUGUCUUCCAUCUCCAAAAGCUGACAAACAUAUACUGUUAAUAAAAACACAUCUGCCUAUCUUAGUUUUUGUUCAUGUUUUACUUCACUACCUUCGCACAAUCUUCAUCCCUGAAAGGAGUAUGGUAUGUAUCUGGUUGUAUCUAAAGAAGUGGGUGGAGGAAAGAGGGGUGACUGCCUUGGUCAACUAUCCUUCCUGAGGUGCUGUGCACGAGGAUGGUAAGUGAAGAUAUUCUAAGACUUAUUGAGACAGCAAAUACCCAGUAAUUCUGUAAUUUAAGCCUUUUGUCCCAAGAAGUUGUGAUCUCAACUUCUGGAACAAAUUGUCUUUAUUUGGAAUACUCUAAAUAAUAAAACAAUUUUUGAAAAGCAUAGUUUGUUAGCUGGAGGUGAAUAACUUGAUCCAAAUCUAGACAUCAAAUGCCAACCUAGAUAAAUUUACUCAGAACUGAUUAGGCAAGCAAGAUGGGCUGAAUGCCUUCUGCUAUACUAUUAAGUAAUUACGAUACUUGAUUCAAUUGUGUUUACUCCCUGCAUGUUACUUGACCACUAAAUAUUUUCAUUUGAAGUUUUUCAUUAUGGGAUCACUCAUUUCUCUGCACUUGAGGCAGACAAGGAUUUAUCACAGGGAACCAAAUUUUGAACAUUCAAUUUACCAAAUUUUCUCCAUUCUCCUGUUAUCUUGUCACUUGAGUGAAUAGCUCGAGCAACUCUUAAUAACCUAUUUUGGACAGGCAUGAUGAGAUGCAGGAACUCUUGGUUUGGAAUAAAUAUCACAGAGGAUUAGAACUGAUCGAAUAUAUACAAAGAAGGUUCCCCAGGUGACUGAGAAAGGUGCCCUCAAUGGGUCACUGAACUAUAUAGGUCUGCUUGGCCUUUGUUAGAUGCCGGUUUUGCUACUUUCACAGCCUGAGUGAUAAUCUGUGCAAUAGAUCACAUGCCUGUUCAGAAGCUGCUUGAUUUUUAGUCCAGAAAUUUUUAUGUUGAAAGUUGGCUGUGAUUUCUGAAGAAUAAAGUGAGCUAAUUAAUAUAAAAAUCCAGCCAAAGGCUGUUUGCUUUGGCACGGGGAGAUAUUUUGUGAUUUGGCCCUACUGGGAGUGAGGCUGUGUGGAUGGUGUUGGAACAGAUUCUUAAAAUGCUGUUCUGCAAUUGCACAACCUGUUGACUUGUUGAUGGAAUGCAGGAAAAGGCUAAUUGGAAAUAGCACCAAAGGCAAAUGAAAUUACAACGGAGGGUGAGGAGGAGGGGCAAAAAACCUCACAGGAAAUUAUUGUGUACAAGAUAGUGACCGGCACUGUAGUGACCCUCAGACUGCUGACGGUGUGUUUCAUUUCACUUUACAGAUAGCUUAUAGAGAUUGCUUGUCUUGGAAAAGUGCUAUUUUUUGUAAAUUUCACUAGUUUUGUGUUGUCACUGAUCCACAUAGGAAAGCGCUUCUCGAUUCAGAUAGAGGCAAAGGCCAGUUAUUACAAGAAUAUUUGUUAAGUAAUCUUAGGAAUAACGAUCACCAAGAUGCCUAUAUCCUGCCAGGUUGUCAAGCUAGACUAAAUGCUUCAUAGCGUGCGAACAUUGCUCUCUUUCCCUGUUGAUAAUCUGCCAUUUAACUUUACAUUUGGUUAAGUUCAAAAGCUAUUACUUUGUGACUUUGUCAGUACUUUGUUACACUGAAUAAAACAGAACAAUUAUGUUUAAGCAAAAAAAAACAUUAAAAAUGUAUUUUAAACUGA